UUUCAUUACCACUUCACUUUAGUUGCACUUCUGCAACUAACCAAACCAUACCAUGUCAACUCUCUUCUAUCUCAACCCAUCAUCCUCAAUCCUAAACCACCCCCACUCUCACUUCAAGACACCCCCCAAAAGACCAUCUUCUUACAUCACCUCCGGGGGCCCACCUCAGCCUACCCCACCUCAACAACUCCAGACAUUCUGGCAGUGGCUGUCUGAAGAAAAAGUGGUGACCCACAAGUCCCCAGCUAAGCCUGGAGUUGUGUCUGAAGGGCUAGGCCUGGUUGCUCAGAGAGAUAUCAGUAGAAAUGAAGUUGUUUUGGAGGUACCCAAGAAGCUGUGGAUUAAUCCAGAGAGUGUGGCAGCUUCUGAGAUUGGGAGUGUGUGUAGUGGAUUGAAGCCUUGGGUUUGUGUGGCUUUGUUUUUGAUCAGAGAGAAGAUGAGAGGGGGGGAGUCUUGGUGGUGGAGAUAUAUUGAUGUGCUGCCAGAGUGUACUGAUUCUACUAUCUUUUGGUCAGAAGAGGAACUAUAUGAAAUUCAAGGAACCCAACUAUUGAGCACAACAGUAGGUUGCAAAGAUUAUGUGCAAAGUGAGUUCUUGCGAGUUGAAGAAGAAAUCAUACUUCCAAAUCAGAAGCUUUUUCCAUCUACUAUAACAGUGGAGGACUUCUUGUGGGCAUUUGGGAUACUCAGGUCAAGGGCUUUUUCUCGUCUUCGUGGUCAAAAUCUUGUUCUUAUCCCCCUGGCAGACUUGAUCAAUCACAGUUCUAGCAUAAAAACAGAAGAUUAUGCAUAUGAGAUCAAGGGAGCUGGUCUUUUCUCGAGGGAUCUUAUAUUUUCUUUGCGUAGCCCAGUAGCAGUCAAGGCUGGUGAGCAGGUUCUGAUCCAGUAUGAUUUAAACAAAAGUAAUGCCGAGUUAGCUCUGGAUUAUGGAUUCAUAGAAUCGGGAUCAGACCGAGUUACAUACACAUUAAACCUAGACAUAGCUGAAUCAGAUGAAAACUUUGGGGACAAGCUAGAUAUUGCUGAGACAAAUGGGAUGAAUACAACUGCUUACUUUGAUAUCACACUGGACCAGCCUCUUCCAAAGGAAAUGCUCCCGUAUCUGAGGCUCGUAGCUCUUGGGGGAACCGAUGCUUUUCUUCUAGAAUCUAUUUUCAGAAAUGCAGUUUGGGACCAUCUCCAGUUACCUGUUAGCCGUGCCAAUGAAGAGGUUAUAUGCCAAGUUGUACGAAAUGCCUGCAAAUCUGCCCUUGCUGGUUACAACACCACACUCGAAGAGGAUGAGAAGCUGAAGACAGAUGGAAAUCUCAGUCCACGUCUUCAAAUAGCAGUUGGGAUAAGAGCAGGGGAGAAGAAGGUAUUGCACCACAUUGAUUCGAUAUUCAAGGAAAGGGAACAGGAGUUGGAUGAGCUUGAAUAUUACCAAGAAAGGAGACUCAGGGAUCUUGGAUUGGUUGGAGAACAAGGCGACAUCAUUUUCUGGGAGCCCAAAUAAACUUUGCCAAUGAUCAUCAAAAGCUUCUGCGCACAUUCUUGAGCUAAGAUGUUCUUCACAGGGCAUGGUUAAAUGGCAGAACACUGUUAUAGUGACACCUUAUAUGGAGUUCUCUGAGCAAGUGAUAAAUGAGAACAAACUAGCACCAUUCCCCUUGUUCAGCAAGGUCAAUAUGAUGGUUUCAUUGCUGUUGUACCAAUUUUUGCUGUUGCACCUGUCCCUCUGCCUUCUCCCUAGCUGAGCUAGUUCUUCUGUUACGUCGAUUCAACGAUUCCUCCAUCAUAGGUCAUAGCUGGAACUGAUUUUCCUAUAUUACUCAACAAGGUUUCAAGAUUUAGGUUAUAUAUACCCUGUAAACUCCUGUAAAGAGAAACAUUGAUGUUGCUAUAUAUGAAUAGAAGCUCUUUAGGUGAAAUCUUUCUUGUAUUAACUUAUUAGACAGCAAUCUUGCUUCCAUCAGAUGUAAAACCCGUUUGGCUGAGUUUAAAAUUAUGAUUCAUGACUUAACAUGAUAAGGUAGGAGCUUAAA